UAGGAUUAUUCCUAUGUAUAGUGUAUGUUUUCUUUUAGAAAUGUAUGUUUGGUUUCAAAUUGUGAGAAUAUAAUUUACGCAUGCACUUUUUUCACCCCUCCCCAUUGGGAACUGUCUGAUAAUUUUUUUAAAGUAUUUGAAAAUAAAACAUUUUUUAAAGUAAUAAAAGGAUCAUUGAUUUAAAUUUUUGCUGAUUUCCGUCACAUAACAAUAUGCGAAUGAAAUUAAAUUUUAAUUGCUUGAGGAAUGCUGCAAAUUUUGAAAGAGUGAACUAUUAUCGAAAACUUACGACAUGGUCAUCUGUGGCUUCAGCUUUCAAUGCUAAGCAAUCUAAAAUCAGAACACUGAAAUCACAGUUUUUGGGUGAAUCAACAGGUCUGUUUGGCUAUCAAGAGUUACAAGAGCCUACUGGGUUUUAUUUACUUAAAGAUAAUGCAGUUUGCAGAGCCGAAGUUUUAAUCAAUGAAAUAUUAAGUCCUGAACGGACUCGAAAAAUGGUUCGAGUAUUUGAUGAACUAUCUGAUACUUUAUGCAAAGUUGCUGAUUUAGCAGAGUUUGUCAGAAUAGGCCAUCCACAAGAGCAGUUUGCUUAUGCUGCUAAAGAGACAUCCAUCAGUAUUAGUAGUUUAGUAGAAGAGCUGAAUACAAAUCGAGAUUUAUAUGACCGUUUAAAGCAUAUUGUAGAAAAUGGAGAUAUAUGCCCAACUGAUGCUAUUGAUCAGUAUGUUGCAAAUCUAUUUCUACUUGAUUUUGAACAAUGUGGUAUACAUCUUGAUAAAAAUGCAAGAGAAAAAGUUGUAGCAUAUAAUGAUUACAUACUACACGUAGGUUCACAUUUUAUGAGUAAAACAUUAAGCCCUCGAACUGUGCUGAAGUCGCAGCUGCCAGAAGCUUUUCAGCGUUCUUUUGCAGGAGAAGGAGAAACUAUUGUAAUAAAUGGCCUGUUUGCUGAUUCAAAAAAUGAACUUUUGCGAGAAGCAGCAUAUAAAAUAUUUCUUCAGCCUGAUAGGCAGCAAGAACAAUUGUUAGAUGAAUUGCUAUCUGCAAGACAAAAUUUAGCUAAGUUAUGUGGGUUCCCAACGUAUGCUCACCGUGCUGUUCGAGGAAGUAUUGCCGGCACACCCGAAUUUGUUCAUGAAUUUUUACGAAUAUUAAGUGAAAAAAUAAAGCCUAAAGCAGAUGAAGACUACAGUAAAAUGUUAAAAUUAAAACAAGAAUUUGGUGAUCAAUCAAAAUGCUUAAAACCUUGGGACGUACCAUUCUUGAUGGCACAAUUAAAACAUCGAGAGUUUAAUAUUAAAUCGUCUGACUAUAGUCCUUACUUUUCUUUGGGUGUUUGUAUGGAUGGAUUGAACUAUGUCUUCAGUGCUUUGUACAAUGUGACUCUAAGUGUUGAAGAUGCUGUAGAAGGAGAACUGUGGCAUGAUGAUGUUAGGAAACUGAAAGUUUCCGAAGGAAAUGAAACUUUAGGCUAUAUAUAUUGUGAUUUCUUUGAACGUCCUGGAAAACCAAACCAAGAUUGUCAUUUCACUAUACAGGGUGGCCGAUCAUGUGAUGAUAAAACCUACCAAAAGCCAAUUGUAGUAUUGAUGCUUAAUUUGCCAAAUCCAACGUGGUCUCAACCUUCUCUUUUAACACACUGCAUGGUUGAUAAUUUGUUUCAUGAAAUGGGCCAUGCAAUGCAUUCAAUGCUUGCAAGGACAACUUAUCAGCAUGUUACUGGUACUCGAUGUUCGACAGAUUUAGCGGAAGUUCCAUCCGUUCUGAUGGAAUAUUUCGCCUCAGAUCCCCGAGUUGUUUCAAAAUUUGCAAGACAUUAUAAAACUGGGGAAGCUAUACCAUUAAAUCUUCUAAAUAAGCUAAGGAUAUCUAAAAAAUUGUUUUCUGCAUGUGAAACUCAGUUGCAAAUAUUUUAUGCUGCAUUUGAUCAGGCCUGCCAUGGUGAGCGUUUGAUUAAUCGGACUACAACUGAAUUGUUGGCCCAGAUCCAAAAUAAUUUUUAUGGUUUACCACAUGUUCCAAAUACAGCAUGGCAGUUACGGUUUGGACAUCUGGUUGGAUAUGGUGCAAAAUAUUAUUCUUAUCUUAUGUCUCGUGCUUUAGCUUCUUGGAUUUGGUAUCAGUGUUUCAAGGAUAAUCCUUUUAAUGGGGAAAAAGGGAAAAAAUAUCGCAGUGAAGUGCUUGCCCAUGGUGGUUCAAAGCCUCCACGCUCGUUAGUAGAAGAUUUUCUUGGUGCAAAAAUUACCCCAGAAAGUUUAUCAGAUGCUCUAUUAAAAGAUAUUGAAGCUAAGCAUAAUAUGCAAGAAACUUAAAUUUUAACAAAUGUGAGAGUUUAUAUGUAAAUUGUUUAAUAAUAAGAGUUCAGCUGGUAUUUUUAUUGUGAUAUGUGUGUAUUUUUGUCAUUUUUUAAUUUAUUAGUAUAUUUGACAUACAAUUAAAUUAAAGCAGCUUUAUGUGUUUGAAAGUA